AAUUGUUUCCCAAGGACCACAACUUGUGGUAAUUAAAUGGGGAUGUUCCUUUAACUCUUGAGCCCAGAUAAAAAAAAAUAUAUAUAUAUAUAUAUAUAUAUAUACCUCCAAGCUCUGUAAAAUCAAAGAUGAAUGAUGCCCAGCGGCAAAUGUUUUCGUCUACUACUACUCAUUUCUUCAAGGUGGUUCUUAAUGAAACACUUCGAGACAAGAAGAUUCAUAUUCCAAAGAAGUUUAUGAGGAAACAUAGAGAAACGUUAACUAGCCCUGUAAUUCUGCAACUUCCAAGUGGUGUAGAAUGGAACAUAGAACCAGAAAUAUGUGGUGGAGAAGUUUGGUUACAGAAGGGUUGGCCAGAAUUUGCAAAUUAUUAUUCUCUAGAGCAGGGUCACUUUCUAGUUUUCAGAUACGAAGGCAAUUCUCGCUUCCAUGUUAUCAUAUUUGAUGCGACUGCUACAGAGAUAGACUAUCCCAUCAAUCCUGCACAUUUUAGCAAGUCCCACAUUGACAAGGAUAAGCUCAAAAAACCCAAGGAGGAGGUCAUCGAAAAUGAUGUUUCUGAAGCAGGGGAGAAGUUUUCCGUACAAUGUUCUCGGCCACAUAAGAGAAUGAAAACCAGUAGCAUCAGUUCCAAAGUGGUUGGGAAGAAGAAGAUAAAACACUGCUUGUCUUCCAUUGAAAAAGCUAGAGCUCUUCACGGUUUUAAAUCUGAAAAUCCUUUCUUCUCUGUAGUAAUGCGUUCAUCAUAUGUGUUUAAGUCGCAUCAUAAUUUGACGAUACCCAGGAAGUUUGCUAGUAGAUACAUAAAUAAGAAAGAAGGUCAUUUUACCCUUCGGAGUUCUGAUGAUAGAACUUGGUCUGUCCAGUAUAAAACCAGAAGCAAAUCUAAUUUUGCACAAGACACUACUGAAAUAAUUAGUAGUGGUUGGAAUUCAUUUGCGCGCGACAAUAAUUUGAAAGUAUGCGAUGUUUGUAUCUUCGAGCUCAUCGCUGGUGGAAACGACAUGUCACAUUUUCAAGUUUCAAUCAUCCGACACCAUGAUCACCUCUCCGGUGGUUUUAAAUCUGAAAAUCCUUUCUUCUCUGUAGUAAUGCGAUCAUCAUAUGUGUAUAAAGCGCAUCAUAAUUUGACGAUACCCAAGAAGUUUGCUGAGAGAUACAUAAGUAAGAAAGAAGGUUAUUUUACCCUAAGGAUUUCUGAUGGUAGAACUUGGUCUGUCCAGUAUAAGACCAGGAGCAAAUCUAAUAAUAUUGGAUAUGAAAUUACUGAAAUAAGUAGUGGUGGUGGUUGGAAUUCAUUUGCACGCCAAAAUAAUUUGGAAGUAUGCGAUAUUUGCAUAUUUGAGCUCAUCAGUAGUGGAAAUGACAUUUCACAUUUUCAAGUUUCCAUUGUCCGACACGAUGAUCACAUCUCCCUUGGAAAGUUACAAGCGAAGAGUAAUGCAACCGAUGUAAUUAGGAGGAAACAAAAGAUUCUUGGUAGUGAAAGAGAUAGAGCUCAUAAAAGAGCUGUUAGCAGUUUUAGAUCUGAAAAUCCUUUCUUUUCAAUAGUAAUGCAACCAUCAUAUAUCGAUGGCAGAGGUAAAUUGAACAUACCAAACAAGUUUGUGGCGAGGCAUAUAAAUAAGAGAGAAGCUGAAUUCAACCUUCGGGUUUCAAAUGGCAGAUGUUGGUCUGUCCGGUACAGAGCAGUGAAGAGGAGUAGAACAAUAAAUUAUUGUGACUGGAGAGCUUUCGCGCAUGACAAUAAGUUGGAAGUAGGCGACAUUUGCAUAUUUGAGCUGAUUACCAGUGAGAAUGACAUUUUACAUUUUCAAGUUUCAUUUGUCCGACAUUCUGGCCAACUGUCCCUAGAUGGUAAUCGGGAUGCAAGUAAUCCGGUCAAAGAAGAAAUCUGCACCAUUCAAAUAGGGAACCAAAUUGCAAAGAAAGAAUGUCAGAAUCCUAAAAAAAGGAAUCGAAACCAAGUUCAACCUACAGAUGGUAAUCAAAUUGCAAGUAAUCCAGUCAAAGAAGAAACCUGCACGAAUCCAACAGUGAACCAAUUUGCAAAGAAAGAAAAUCAGAAUCCUAAAAAAAGGAAUCGAAACCAAGAUCAACCUACAGCGAAAAGCAAUGGUGGAAAGCCACCAUCUUCAGAAGUAGAUUUUGGCGGUAAAAAUCCCUCCUUUGACGUGUGUAUGCGAGCAUAUCACUUUGACCAUGGAAUUGUGGCUAUACCAGCGAGUUUUGAAAGGCUUUACUUAGAGAAGAGGACGCAAAAUAUGAAGCUGAUGAUGGGGAAGAGACGUUGGGAAGUGAAGUUGGUAAGCGGAGGCAGAUUAUUUUUGUCCAAAGGAUGGACUUCAUUUGCAAGGGACAAUUGCGUGAGAAUCGGAGAUCUUUGCAGGUUUGAGAAAGUUGAAGAUAACCCGCCCGUCUUCCAUGUUUCCAUUACAAGAGCAUUCUAGAUUUUGAUCAUUUUGGGAGCCGGUUUGAUCUUUUUCCUUUUUCGCCGUGUAAAGAAUUAAGCCUAGCUAGAAUUUCUUUUUGCGUUCACUUUUUUUUUUUUUUUUUUUUGGUUAUCAAUGGACUGUGAAUCAAUGGUGGGUUUUCGACUUAAAUUUUAGCAAUGAUGUUUCAUAA